UUUUUAUGCACGAGGUCAAGGUCAAUUAUUUAUUUUGCCUUUUACUCCUCAGGUGUUACACUAAAACCCGAAUAUUUGAGAUGCUAUGGGGCAUGCAUUCACCAAAGAUCCAGAGUAUGUAUGUAGACAAUCAAACUGCAGAAGACUGGUGGGAGAUGAAGGGAAGUUUGGACAUCUUGAAAGAAAAGUUUAUGAACUGGCGUGUCAAUGUAGGGAACAGUCUUCCACAUCUUGCUACAGCAGUGAUGACAUGUGCUCCUUAUUCACAGCUUAUGAUAAACCUUCCACAAGGCUGAUGCAACAAAACUACCAGCAGUGGAAAGCUGUGAUGGGAAUUGGUUUUCAUUUUAUCCAUCUCCGAAGAAAGAGAGUAAUUUACAUAAAACCUCUUGAUGACUUCCCUCAGUUUGUGACAGACUUUAGAAUCAGUUUUGAUGGAGCUGAUCUCACACUUUUCCAACUCCUGCAGGUAUUUACUGAGUGUUUCUUUUGGGGGAUGCAAGUGGAGUUGCUUCCUGUUUGUAGUAUUGCUGAGUGGAAGAUAAAGAACAGGAUUCAUGCUGUAACGGAGCAAAAACAACUUCUUGUAGGCGAUGUCUGUCAUCAGUUAAAGAAGAGAUUACCAGCUGAUGGCUACUGUAUUUUAGGCAUUACCUGGACAGAUCUGUAUCCAUGUGAAGAUCUAAACUUUGUACUUGGUGAAGCCUCUCUUCUCAACAGAAGUGGGGCACUAAGUUUUGGCAGAUUUGAACCAAAGACUUUUGUCAGGGGAGAAACACGGGAUAUCAGUUCAAUUGAUGCUAAACUUUUGUGGAAAUUGAUAAAGGUUCUUUGCCAUGAAACUUGUCACAUAUUUGGGCUACAACACUGUGUUUUCUUUGCCUGUGUAAUGAAUGAGAGCAAGUCUAUGGAGGAAGCGCUAUCACAACCAUUAUUUCUGUGUCCAGUUUGCCUUAGAAAAUUACAGAAAGCUUGCAAGUUUGACAUCAAGGAGAGAUAUUCCAAAUUACAACACUUCCUAGUGACUUUGAACAGUGUUAUUCCAUAUGAGAGGUUUGAGCAGGCUGUUGAAUGGUUGGAAGAGAUGAUGAAGUAUCUUGGUGAAUAAGGUCUAAAAGGUUGUUUUUGUGGGCUCAGCAGCAGGCAUAUUCACUGAAAUGGCAGGGAAUGAUCAAGUAUUGCUAAUUGACUACUUUUUAAGCAGAUUGUAUAUGCUUUAGCAAAGGGUAAUAUUAGGAUGGAAAUCUGUAGCUGGUUAUCUACAAUUAAAUGAGAUUGUAUUGUUUAGCUUCCCAAGAAUGGCACUUUGAUGGAGAGCUUUAAAUAGUUUUUUACUUCAUCAUCAUGUGAUUUGUUGAUUUUUAUAUGAACACCAUUUUCCAUUGAAGGUUUUAUUAAGAUGUUGAAUUUUAUGUUUUUGUUAUAUGAUUUUGGUUAUGUUUUAACAUAAUAUAAUAUAAUAUAUUGUAUAUUUAUUAAGUGCCAUUUUCUUUUAUGUCCUUUUUUAAAGACACUAAGAUUAUAUUUACAAACUUUCCACUACAAUGUUAUGUUUUGUUACAAUAGUUUCCCAGAAACACAGUGGACUGAAUUAAGGCCAUGAUUGCCUUAUUAUACCUCAGGACACAGUGUGAUAUAUAGUAAAAAUUCUAAAAUAUAUAUUCAUAAUAAAAUAAAUAGUGUAUAAAGUAUGGCCCUUUUAUUAAGCUGGCAACCAGAACCUUUCUUAUAUUGGUGACAAUGCAGUGCUCUACAGCUGAAAGCAUGUGUACAAAAGGGUUUAGCAGGACCUCUAUAUUUAGGGCAGGAAUAUGUAGCGUAUUUUAUCAGUUUUAAAAGAUGAAAAAAUAUUUUCAAAUUUUUUAUUUGAGGUAUCUUUUUCAAAUCAGUAGGUGAAUUAACAUGGUUGCUUGCAUGCUUAAAUUGCUAAUUAAGAAGAGAAACUUUAAGCUUUAAUUAAACCACACUAUGACCUUUAACUUUACAACAUGCCAAUGAGUAAGUAUUCACUUUCAUUUCUUGAUGACUUUCUAUGUUAACUUAUUUAUAACUUUGAAAGUAGAGAUCGAUACUUCAGAGUCAUUGCAUCAAAGUCAAAAUCAUUCAACUUUUUACGGUUAAUUUAUUUAUUUUGUUAUUUUAUUUAUUUAUUUAUUUGAGAGAGAAUAUUUCCAUCUGGAUCCAUGGAUCUUUCUUUGAAAAAAUUCAUUUAACAGCAGCAAUUCCCUGUUAUAUGUCAGGAUCAAUAAAAGCAUACUGAUCAUGCACCAAGUAAACUGGCAGAACAGGGGAGCAGAAUAUUUAGCAGGAUAUAUAGCACAGAGCAUUGGUUUCAUGCAAUUCUGUCA